UCAUUCCUCCACCUUUCGAAGACAGAUAAGCUGCAAACAACUAUGGAUUUGCAACUAGAUUUGUACCCUUUCACCUAACUAAACUCUCUCCUGCCUUCAUAAAACCCCUCUCCUCCUUCCCACACAUAUCAAACACACUCACUUGCAAUUCUAAAUCUCCCAAGCAAACACAGCUGCACGCCCACACAAAUUAGUAAAACUAUAAAGAUGACCAAACAGGCCGUCUCCUCCCUUUCCAUUCUACUUGUGUUUCUCUUCCAUUUCAUCACAACCUCAGCCCAGCCCGCUGCGGCUCCAACCCAGCCCGCCAACGCCCCGACCCAACCCACCAAUCCACCGGCUCAGCCGCCCAAUCCCCCAGUCCAGCCUGCCAAAGCCCCAGCACAGCCUGCCCAGGUCCCGGUGCAGAAGGGUCCCAUCGACGUCACCAAAAUCCUUGAAAAGGCUCAUGGCUACUCGGUCUUUGUCCGCCUCUUAAAGAGCACAGGUGUGGCUAAGCAACUUUAUGGGCAGCUAAACAAUUCAAACAUUGGGUUUACCAUCUUUGCUCCUACUGAUUCCGCAUUUUCGAACCUUAAACCGGGCACAAUAAACUCUCUGUCUGACCUACAAAAGACCCAACUAAUACAGUUUCAUAUUUUGAACACCGUUGUUACUCUGUCAAACUUCCAAACCUUGAGCAAUCCAGUGCCGACUGAAGCCGGAGAUGUUAGCGCCGGUGCAUUUCCACUAAACAUUACCACCGCUGGAAACCAAGUGAACAUCUCGACUGGCCUUGUAAACACCACAUUGGGCGGUACAGUGUAUUCGGAUGACCAGCUUAUUAUUUAUCAAGUGACCAAAGUGCUUCUUCCGCUGGACAUUUUCAGUCCUAAGGCUAAAAAAGUAGCUGCAGCCCCCACACCAACGCUGUCGAAGCCUAAGACGACAAAGGAGGAUGCUCCGGUGAGUCCGUCUGGUGCUGCCAAAGUGGAUGAGGCUGCGGCAGUAAGUCUCAGCAGGCAUGAAAUGUUAGAAUCUAUUGGAGUUGCCGUGGUUGCAUUCUUUGUGAUGAAAGGAAUUUGAUGGUUUGUACGUACCACCUUUAUUAGCUUAUUUGCUAUGGCGGGUCCCAUUGUCGAGGCACUGCAAGAAUUUUUGAGUUGGGUUCAACGGUCAUGAUCAGCACCAAGUGCUUUCAAAAUAAUUGCCUUCUUUCCUUGUACCAACUGUUUCUUUUGUUGGCUAAGCUUGUCCAUGUGAGUGUAGGGGCAUUUUAUGUUUAUACUUUUUUUUUAUCUCUAUUGUCCUUUCUGGUUUUCUGAUUUACAUAUUCUAUAUAGUUGGUGAUUUUUAUAUAUAUAUAUA